UAGGCUUGCUUGUUGUUCCCGCAGAGAGGCUGAGAAGAUGGCGGCCGUGUCAAGCGGAGGUGCUGCUGGGCCCGCUGCGGCCGGGAUUACGCACCCUGCCCGACCGACACACGCAGGCAUGGGCCCUCAGAACCGAGCCCAGCCACCCGCCAGCAUCUGCCCACCGAGCCGUACCAGCACGGCGCCUGGGUGCAUCACCAAUCCCGGCCACACUUCGGCCACCAGGCCCCCCCCAGCCCGAGUGGGCCACUACGAAAUCGAGCGGACCAUCGGCAAGGGAAAUUUCGCGGUUGUUAAACUAGCCACACACAUCAUUACCAAAGCAAAGGUGGCUAUAAAAAUAGUGGAUAAGACUCAGUUGGACGAUGAGAACCUUAAGAAGAUCUUCAGAGAGGUCCAAAUCAUGAAGUUGCUGAAGCACCCCCACAUCAUCCGCCUCUUCCAGGUGAUGGAGACGGAGAGGAUGAUCUAUCUGGUAACAGAGUAUGCCAGCGGUGGAGAGAUAUUCGACCACCUGGUGGCUCAUGGACGCAUGGCGGAAAAGGACGCCAGGAAGAAGUUCAAGCAAAUUGUGGCAGCAGUCCAUUUUUGUCACUGUCGCAACAUCGUCCACAGAGACCUGAAGGCUGAGAAUCUGCUGCUGGACCACAACCUCAACAUCAAAAUUGCAGAUUUCGGCUUCAGUAACCUGUUUUCUCGAGGCCAGUUGUUGAAGACAUGGUGUGGCAGCCCCCCUUACGCUGCACCUGAACUUUUUGAGGGCAAGGAGUAUGAUGGACCUAAAGUAGAUAUAUGGAGCUUAGGCGUGGUGUUGUAUGUUUUGGUGUGUGGUGCCCUACCUUUUGACGGCAGCACUCUACAAAAUUUGCGGGCACGUGUCCUCAGUGGCAAGUUCCGAAUCCCUUUCUUCAUGUCCACAGACUGUGAGUACUUGAUCAGACACAUGUUAGUGCUAGAGCCCAGCAGAAGGUUGACCAUGGAGCAGAUCUGUAAGAACAAGUGGAUGAGACAAGGAGACCCUGACCCGGACUUCGACAGGUUGAUAGCUGAGUGUGAGCAGGUGAAAACGGAGCGGGAAACGGAGCUCAUCAAUGAGCAGGUGCUGAUUGCCAUGUCGGAGAUGGGUCUGGACAGAGAGCGAACACUUCAGUCCUUACAAACAGAUGCAUACGAUCACUACAGUGCCAUCUACAGUCUGCUGGCUGACCGCCUCAAGAAACACAAGACCCUGCGUGUUGCACCGCCCACACCGCGCUCCAUUAGCUAUCCUAUUAACGCUGUACAGCAGACGGAUCCACAGGGUAAUCCCGUUAGCAUGACUGUUCCCCACGUCCAGCUCAUCAACCCAGAGAACCAGAUUGUUGAGCCGGAAGCUAAUAUGGCACUGGACAGUGAUGAAGGGGAAGAGCCAUCUCCAGAGGCCAUGGCUCGCUACCUUUCGAUGAGGCGGCACACUGUUGGGGUACCAGACCAAAGGACAGAGAUGCAGGAGGACCUCCAGAAACUACCACCGGGUUUCCCUCGUGGUGCAGUCCCCCAGGUUCCCUUCCCUCAACUGGCCCCCACAAUGGGCCAAAUGCACACUCUAAUGCCCACACAAAGCCUGCAGCCCACACAGCAGCUGGAGUACAAGGAGCAAUCUUUGCUGCAGCCCCCUACCCUGCAGCUGCUUAACGGCAUGGGGCCUCUUGGUCGGAGAGCUUCAGAUGGCGGUGCCAACAUUCAGCUACACGCUCAGCUCCUCAAGAGGCCUCGGGGGCCCUCACCACUCGUCGCCAGCCCGCACCCUAUCCCUGCAGUAGCUCCGGUGGAUGAGGAGGGAUCGGACGGAGAGCCUGACCAAGAGGCAGUACAAAGGUACCUGGCGAACCGCUCCAAGCGGCACACGACGCACGCGCUCAUGAGCACAUCGCAUGGCGAGCCCUCUGCAGAGUCACAGCGGCCUCAGGGCCCCCGCCAGAGGGGCUGCUGGGCCCCCGACAUACACACCCGAUCCAGCUACAAGGACUGUAAUACCCUUCACCUCCCCAUGGAGCGCUUCUCACCUGUCAGACGAUUCUCUGAUGGCGCGGCCACCAUCCAGGCUUUCAAAGCUCACCUGGAGAACAGCAGCCUCAUCAAGCAACUCAAACAGGAGUGUGAGCAGCUCCAGAAGAUGUAUGCUGCCCAGCAGGAUGAGCGAUUUCUUGAGCACACCCAGCAACAGCAUAUCCUCUACCAGCAAGAGCAACAAAUCCUCCACCAGCAAAUCCAGGGUCUGUCUUUAGGCCAUGGGGAGAGCCAGCCCAGUCACCUAACCCACCAGCUCCAGAGGUUGCGUAUCCAGCCCUCCAGCCCUCCGCCAACACAUCCCAGCAACCACCUCUUCAGACAGCCCAACCAGAGCCCUCCGCCCGGCUCUGCAGGCAUGAUGCAAGGGCAUGGAGGCCCGUCACCAGUGCAGUACCAGCACGGUACUCAGGCUCUGUAUCAGGGCCAGAGUGGCAGCCCACCUCCCACAAGCAUGGCUCGAGUCUCUCUACCAACCAGUCAACAAGCAGCGUCUGUUCGCCCCACCGUCCCGUUGGCUCCAGGUGUACCUCAACAACAGCAGGUGACCAUUCAGGUUCAGGAGGUUGAGCUGAGUGGUGGGGCGCAGAGACAGGGCACCUUUUUGGUGACGCCAGGUGGACACAGAGUGCUCGGGAAGCAGCUGAGUGCAGACAACGCCGAGUCGCACAGUCGCAGCCUUGGCCGCUUCACGUCCGCCUACGAUCAGACCCAGUUCAAUCCCCACCUCUUUUCUGGUGAUGUCACCUCCCGUGCUGGCGGAGUGGUCGGCUCCUACAACCCCUACCUGCAGGGAGCCUCCCUCAAAGUCCCUGGACUGGAUGGUUAUCAGAGUGGGGUGGUGGGGACUGGUGGCUAUGGUGCCCCGUCUACACUACAGCAGGCCCUGCUUUCCCCGACUCCUUUGGACUACCGCCCCCCUCAACAGCACGUCACCCCCACCCUGCAGGGCCUCCUGUCCCCACGGCACUCUUUAACAGGCCACGCUGAUCCCAGACUGCCCCCUCAAGACUUGGCUGCCCUCCUGAAGAGGCAGAGCCCCCGGCCAUGUUCAGCAACCCCAACACCACCCAGUGGUGCACCCCAAGAGUAUGGAGAGAUGUUGCUCCUCCGCCAGCUGAGCCAGGGUGAGGUCUUGGAGCCACCUGCACCCCAGGGCGCCCCUGGAGGCCAACACUACCACCACCUCCUCCAGAUUCGACCCCCAGAUGUCCAAGCACCCCAGCACCCCGCCCAGGCUCCUUGUCCCAGCUUACCUCACUCGGAAAGCAUGGAGGAGGAUGAUGUGCCGGCUGCCUACCACCACCCACAUGAGGGCCUGCUAGUCAAGGCAGUUGAAGCUCAUGAGCUCCUGGGGUCUCCUAGAGGGGGAACGCCACCCUACAACUCACCUACACACAGGCAUGGUGGCUUCAUUAGGAAUGCUCCAGCACCUCGAGAACCUGAGCACGUGGAAUGCAGGCCUCAAGGGCAGGCCAUGGAGGUGCCUGAUCAUAACGGUGUGGGCUAUACUCGAGGUCCACAAGGUGACGCCUAUAGGUCCCGUGGACAGCUACAGCGCCACCACACCAUCCAGACCUGUGAUGAUGCCUACGAUCAGGCAGACCCCAUGUCUGGGAUGAGCCUGAUGGCUGGGAAGGCACUAAGCUCAGCUCGCAUGUCGGACAUUCUCAGCCAAACGUCACUGACAGGAAGCCAGCAGCUGCGCCAGCGGGAAGAGUCAGUGUGUGAUGUUGAAGAGGAGCUCCAUGCUGCAGCCUGCUACCCCUCCUCCUGCACCAGUGACAUGCUCCUCAGCUACAAGCCCCCUGACCUGCAGUACAGCAUGGAGCAGGCCGGGGUUUAGCACAGGACGGGGUCUAUCCUGCAUACAGCGGUCCAUAUCAGCCAUCCUGAGUUGUGUUGACUUGAGUUGAGCAGCAUCACGCCAAAUCACCAUCGUCUGCCCAAGCGAGGGCGCUCUACGUCCAUCUUGUCUGUCUCCAUCUGUCCCUGGGAGGGCAGGUUCAAAACUAGAGUGGGGGAGUGUGGGUGGGUUAUAGACAUUAUAGGGGAGGGGGGGAACAGGUAGGGCCCUUGGGUUUUUAAGUGCCAGCAAAUUCUGUCCGUACAUCCAGCGAUUAUAGCUGUGGGUUGUCUCCUGUUUUUAGCUUCCAUCAUGCGUAGAUGGGGGUUUCACUCCUCCCUCUUUCGGCUCCGCCCCUCCCCAUGACAAGCCUGCCCCUCCUUCACGCCCACCUGCCGCCCAAACCAACUCCUCCUCUUUAACCCCUUUGUCCUCUUAUAACUGUUGGCAUACUUCAUUAUGUGCCUCAAUGGCCAACGCAUUGAUACUGUCAUACUUUCAAAUACAUAAGAGUCCAAUAACACAAUAAGCAUACACACUGCUGCCACAAACCCAAAGUAUUCACGUCAGUUGUGAGUGUGUGUGCGUGUGUGUGUGUGUGUGUGUGCGUGUGUGUGCGCGCGUGUGUGUGUGUGUGUGCGUGUGUGUGUGCGUGCAUGGCUGACCAGAAGAGGUGAGCAGAGGGAGAGGUGUGUGAGGUUCAGUCUGCUCCUCUGCGCCCCCUCCCCUCCUUCUGUCCCGCAGCAGAUCAUUCCGGAGCAGGCUGAAGUCUCGGCGGCAGCGGCCCCCUUUUGUCGGCCGUGUGGCGGGUGUUUGGGUCAGGGUCUCCAACAUGGGCAACCAAAUCGCUCUCUCCAAAGAUGGAGCUCAGUGACAUCGCACAGGACAAACCAGCUCUCAUUAAUUUUAUGUUGUUUUUUUUUUUUUUCUCAUUCAUUUUCUUUUAAAACUAUUUUUUACGGCUUAUGUCCCUGUAGGCAUUAUGGUCAAUAUUGUUACUCUUAUUGUUAUUACUGUUUUCUGUAAAAGAGGUUUUAUUAUAAUGAAUAUUAUUAUUAUUAUUAUUAUUAUUAAAGGAAAAAAAAGUUCUGUGUUGCAAAGAUGACAACAUUGUUCUUUGAUUACUUAAGUAAUUUCUGCACUUUCGGUUCCAGCUAUCCUCUCUUGUCCGUUUCUUCCUCGCAGCCCCCUCUGCUGCGCCCCCGUUUCCCACCAUGCUGUUACCCUGCUUUCAAAAAUCCUACUCCCCAAACUUCCCCCCCACCUGACUUGUGUUACCCCCCUUUUUCCAUGCUCCUCCUCCCGUUCCAUGUCAGUGACCGUGUAUUGCAUUGUGAGUAGUUUUACCAGACAUUUGCUCCUUUCCUUGUACAGUAACGCCAUGUAUAGAACGCUAUUGCAAUUUCUGUAUGAAAUCUUCUUUUUUGUUACAUUUCUUUGUUGUUUUUAGACGUUGUUGGGGAGGCUUUUUUUAUAUUUGUAUUGUUUAUCAUUUGUAUUUUUGGAUGUCUUUAAAAUCUUUUUGUUUUUUUGUUUAAUGACUCUUUGAGAUUUCUAGCCAAAAGAGGACGGAGAGAAGAGAGACGGUGCUCUCUCUGUGUCGUUAAAAAAAAAAAGAUUGUUCUUAUUUGUUUUAAUAUUGUUCUAUCGAGACACUUGAAAAAAAAAGAGGAGGUUAAUUAUUAUUUUGUGUUGCUUUUUAAAGUUAUCAUUUCAAUUGAUGUUGUUGUGACUGUCAUUCUUGUUGAAGCCUGUUUUCUGUUACUGGUGGAUUGGGAGGGGGGGGGGGAUUUGUGGCAGGCUAUACAGGGUCAGGCUUUGGGUUUUGUUUGGGUUGGUCCGGGUGCUACAGAGACUUGACACAAGUAAAAACAAAAAGACAAAAAAAACGAGGGAGUAACUUGUAAAAUAGCUGACAUAUCAUCCCAAACAUCACGAGCGUGGAGAUGGACAAACCCCACUUCUCCAUUCUCUCUCUCUGGCUGCGCUACCUAUCUGCUGUGACCCCACCCACCAACUUAGAGGACAUCGGCUUGUGAUUGGACGGACAACGCCUUAAGGACGUGGUCCCUCCUCCCCCAAGCUCACCUAGUUGCUAUGGCAAGCAAGGAGGAUGACUACAACUACUAUAUUACUGGACUCCCAUGUUUCUUUUUUUUUUUUCCUUUAACAUCGCCUAUUUGGACCUUUAUUUGCUCCCCCCCCCCCCCCCAGAGCCUGGAUGGGACGGUUGGAGGAGGACACAGCUGCAUUUCAUGAACAGUUGAUGUCUUGUUGUAGUUGGGAUACACCUGGAAACAUCUCCUAAACAAAGAAGGGAAACAUUUCAGGGGGUGACUGCAGGAAGUAACUGAACUGUGGAAUCAGAACUCCUAAGCAAGAGGAAUACAGCCGGGGGGGGUAACUAAAUCAUAUCCAUCGAGGUCUGAGCCCGAAGCUGAGUCAGGCUCGAGUGCAGCCAGAUGGGAGGCUACCGCACCCUGGGGACCACAGCUGAAGGUUGAACCUCUCCCUUAUUAACUUCUAUAUAUCCGCCUCUUGACACCCCUGGAUGUUGAGUCGACAUGGAACCAGCGAGAGACUUUGGUGACAUAUUAAAGCUCCACUUCUGUGUUCACACGGGCUAAACCGACUAGCUAACUCUUUGUACGCUACAUACGUAAAUACAGAGGGGUGAGGAUGGUGUCACGCUGCCUAUGCUUACCAUUAACACAAUGUUACUUUCUGUCUACCCACCUCCACGCUUUCCUGGGAGAGGGCGGGAGUAGCUUUGGUGAUAAAUCCAAAAAACAGGAGUAUACAGUGAAGUUGGAUUUGCUCAUUCUUUUUAAAAAAACAAGCCAAAACAAAGACGAUAGAGAGAGAAUGUUGGGAGUGCUUAUUGGGGAUUUGAGAGGAAACUUCUGGAAUCAAAGACACUGCAUGUUUCCUGUCCCAUAGCAGGAUAUGAACUUUCAAAUUAAGACCGGAGGCUCCACUUGGUCUGAUGGCAGAGGUGUUGUCAGAUCAAGGGGUGAAGUUUGGCACAGAAAGUAACAGUUUCAGUAAAUGGGAAGCAUUGAACAUUUUGUUGAGAUAAUGUCAUCUUCUGCUUGUUCAGACUGACCCCUGCCCCCCCCCCACAUCCCACCCUUUUUCUGUCUUAACUCCUCCAUCCCUCCCUCCUCUAUUUUUGUUUCCUGAUCGCAGCCUCCCUGCUCAACAAGCCAGCUCUCUGCUCUGCUCCUGUUCUUUAGGUUCAUUUUGUUUUAUAUUGAUUCAUUUUUGUCUGUAUUUUUUUUUUCUGUUGUUUUGUUUUUAUGUUCAUUUCUGUUGAGUACAAAAAUACUAAAGUGCAACAACAAUGAUUAAAAAAGAAUAUCAACCAAACUGAGAUGAUAAAUAAAUAUAUAUAAAUAAAGAAAUAAUUUAAAAGGUCA